CUAAAACAAACCAAUAAAAAGGGUAGCCAAGCAGCCAUGAAAGCUAUUCUCUUGAGAAGCGGCUCCUUGCCGGUUCACCAUACCCUGGUCUCUGCUUCGCCCAGGGCUUCUUUCUAUCUUCAACCCUCAACCACCGGACCGUUCUCUCCCAUCAACUCUCCGAACAGUCGUCUCCGGUUUAAAACCGAUCAUUCUCGGCCCACGGGAAUCCGGCGAACGCUGUCGGAAAACGACAUCGUCAGAUCGGAGAGGAAUGGUCUCUCCGUGUCCAUGAAGAUGGGAGGGAUGGGUUUCCGAUCUUUUUCGGAUAAAAUUCCGGAAGUCGAGGAGGAUGAGGUUGAUGAUUACGGAUCGCUGAUCCUCGGAAGGAAUGAUGUCGGCUCCGCUGGAAUCUGGCCGGAGAGCGGUAUUCCGUCGGACGAACUGGGCUUUCCGGGAGAGGGAUUAGGCAGCGGUUCUGGUGACGAUGGAUGUAAACGAAAGGGUAAAACAGAGGGAGAAAAUGGAGACAAGAGGAAGCAGAUUGGGGAAUACUAUCGAGAAAUAUUGAAGUCGAACUCCGAGAAUUCACUUUUGUUGAGAAACUACGGCAAAUUCUUAUACGAGGUAGAGAAAGAUGCAGAGAGAGCAGAAGAGUAUUACGAGAGGGCGAUACUGGCGAGCCCCGGAGACGGAGAAGUGUUGAGUUUGUAUGGGGGACUUAUAUGGGAAACGCAGGGAGAUGAGAAGAGAGCCAGAAGUUACUUCGAUCAAGCUGUUUGUGCUUCUCCUGAUGAUUGUAUGGUGCUGGGAUCAUAUGCACACUUUAUGUGGGAAGCGGAUGAAGAUGAAGAGAAAGAAAUGAAUGGAAAGUUAAUGGAGGAUUCAGGUGCUAUGAUCGUAGCUUGUUAGGCAACAAACAAACAAGGAAUUGAGCGAGUGUUUGAGGGAGAUUGAAAGUGUUAUGAGAAGCCAAAAAUACUGUGCAAUUUUAAUUUUAACAUUGGUAGAGGGAUCGACUGAAAUCCUCUUUGAUGCUGCUAACCAAAAAUAUCGAGUUUUCGUGUCAAUUUGUUGGAAUAAGUUGCUGCUCCUGCACUCAUCUUUGAGUACUGUACAGAACCGGUAAUUGCUCUUCAUCUCCUCUCAAGUCUUUUUAUCUAUGUUCUUAAUUAAUGUAAAUAUAUCUCACUGCACUCGUUUGAAAUAAAUCUAAAACUGACAUAUAAUGUAUCUUCUGUAAAUUUACAAAUGUGAAAUUCCAUGUGGAAAUCAAACAAUAAAUUCCAAAUUC